AUGGGCGCGGAAAAGUCGGGCGUGAAGCGCGAGGCGCCUUUGGACGCGGACGCGAAUAAGAAGCCAAAGACGGAGCCGGCAUGGCGUGCAGCGGCUGCACGUCGUGCGGCUGGUCCGGUCGCGCACGGCUCGAAACCAAUCCCCGAGGGCAAGCCAAACUGCCUCGCUGGGCUCACUCUCGUGUUUACCGGUGAGCUCAGCAGCAUCUCGCGCGAGGAUGCCACGGACCUUGCGAAACGCUAUGGCGCCAAGGUCACCACCGCACCGUCUUCCAAGACAUCGUACGUGGUAUUGGGCGAGAAUGCAGGCGUGAAGAAGCUGGACGUGAUCCGGAAAAACAAGCUGCGCACACUGGACGAAGACGGCUUUUUAGCACUGAUUGGCGAGCGUGGGACGCAUGCGCUGGAUCCCAAAGUCGCAGCGAAGCUCAAGGACGACGAGCAGAAAAUCGUGGCAGCGGCGAAAGCAAUGGGCCCCGAAAAAGACAGCACGGGCCAGCUCUGGACGGACAAGUAUGCACCGCAGCAGCUCAAGGAGCUGGUGGGAAACAAGAGCAACGUCGAGAAGCUCCAGGCAUGGCUGCACGAGUGGCCGAAAUCGCGCAAGGCGCAGUUUAAAAAACCAGGCCCGAACGCGACGAACACGUUCAAAGCGAUGCUCAUUUCCGGCUCGCCGGGGAUCGGCAAGACGACUGCGGUGCAUUUAGUGUGUGCCAUGGAGGGGUACCAGCCCCUCGAGCUUAAUGCCAGCGAUACGCGGAGCAAGAAGCUGCUGGAGAGUGCGCUUAGCGAUACAAUCAACAACCGCUCUAUUCAAGGCUGGAUGCAAGGCAGCAACGACACCUCCAACGGAGUUCAUAUCACAGACCACACCGUCAUCAUUAUGGACGAGGUCGACGGCAUGUCCGGCGGCGAUCGUGGCGGUGUUGGCGCGAUCAAUGCGCUUAUCCGCAAGACGCAAGUGCCCAUCAUCUGCAUCUGCAACGACCGGCGCAACCCCAAAAUGCAGCCGCUUUACACCACCGCGUUCAACAUGACAUUUGUGAAGCCAACCGUGCAGCAGAUCCGCUCGCGGAUGCUGUCCAUCGCCUUUCGCGAAAAGCUGCAGAUCCCGGGAGAAGUGAUGGACCAGCUCAUUAUUGCGGCGCAGAGCGACCUGCGUCUUGUCAUUAACAUGCUCUCCAGCUGGAAACUCUCGCAAAAUAGCAUGUCAUUUGACGAGAGCAAGCAGUUCGGCGCGGCCAACCAGAAACCAACGCUCCAAACACCUUUUUCGCUCUAUGCGGAACUUAGCAGCGCACAGCGUUUCGGCCCACUGAACCGGCAAUCACUUAACGAUAAGAUGGAUUACUAUUUCCAGGACCAUUCCAUUGUUCCCCUCAUGGUAGAGGAAAACUAUAUCAAGACCAAUCCCGUCUUUGCGCAAAAGGAGGCCAAUCCGCAGCACAAAGACUGGAAACACUUGCAGCUGCUCGUCAAGGCAAGCGCCUCGAUCUCCGACGGCGACUUGAUCGAUACCAUGAUACAUGGGCCGCAACAGCACUGGUCGCUCAUGCCGCAUCACGGCAUUGCUUCGAGUGUGCGGCCGUGCUCGUAUAUAUACGGGGCAAACACCAGCUUUCCCUCUUUUCCCGCGUUCCUCGGGCAGAAUUCGAAGCGCACGCGACUGCGCCGCCAGCUCGUCGAUUUACAAACCCGGCUACGGCUCCGCUGCACGGGAUCGGCAGACGAUGUGCGCGAGAGCUACGUAUCUGGCCUCUUGCCUUUGGUUGUGGACCCCCUGCUACAACACGGGCAAGAAGGAAUCCAGGACGUGAUCGACAAUAUGGAUGCGUACUACCUUAUUCCUGAGGACCGCGAAACGCUCGUCGAGCUCGAGCUUGACGAUGCGCGGCGCGAAGAAAAGCUGAAAAAGCUCCCGGCGCCCGUCAAGGCAGCAUUGACGCGCGCAUACAACGCCAAGAGCCACCCGGUCGUAUUCCAGCGCGCUACCGGUGGUCUUCCUGCCGCACAGAAGACCAAGGUGAAGCAGCUACACGCGGAUGGUGUACCCGACAACGAGGAUGCAUAUGGGGUCGAGGAAGAAACGGCCGAGACUGCCGAAUGGGCGUCGGACGAGGACUCCGACGCAGACUUGUCCAAGGACCGUAUGGUGAAGCAGGCAAAGCCCAAAGGCAAAGCCAAGGCGAAGCCCAAGGCAGCGCCGCGCGCCGCCCCAUAG